AUGAGCGACAUCCCCUACGAAAUGCGGGACAUGUUGAGUACCGGCGGACUGUGGGAAAAUGAGGGUAGUUCUAGCGGUGCAUGGGGCGGAGCUGCCGGUGCACAAGCAGCAACACCUUCUGCACAUCAACAACCGUUCUUGCAAGAUGUUGAGCCAGGUCUUCUACAAAAUAUUAACCCAAUGCCUCUGCCUCCCAACCCUACCAUGGAACAGCUACCGCACGGUCCACACGAAGGUGCUGCUGCAGCUGCAGCCGCUGCAAUUGAUAAUCCCCCGCCUGUGUACUAUGGAGGCACGAUGUUGCACCAACCACAGCUGUUUCCCUACUUCCGUCCGCCUCAUUCCGGGCCACCCUCAAGUACUAGCACUUUCGGCGGGUCCGCCUAUCACCCCCACAGCGGUAGUCAAGAGUUCGGACAGCAGCUUCGGGUUCGACCCCCACCGAGUACCGAUAGUGCCAAGGAAGCCAUGGCGGCGUUGGACUUAUUAGAGGCGAUGCGCAUUUUAUCGCCAGAAAAAACUGUUUCACUGUAAACUUGUAAUGCAGAAAAUGUAUCUCACAAGUGUUUGUCUUGCUACACAUGCAAGACAAUGGAUUUUUAGCUGUGUUUUCCCUUAGGAACCUUGCAUGGCAAAUUUUCUCUGUCAUGUAGAACAAACUUGUGAUGCAAAACCUGGAAAAUCCUUACAGUGAAACACUUUUUUCGUAUGAUACAUUUCCCCACCGGCCAGUCAGCCGGGGACCCAGUACGAUGGGGGGCAGCAGCACCAGCAACACGGAGGGCAACAUCACUACGUGUCCCCUCCGGGUAGCGGGAAAGGAGUGCAUCAGAGAACCAGGCGCGGAGCGAAAAAUGCGCACCAAUACCACCAGAAAGGCGGGGUGGUUUCGCCGCCGGGAAGUUUUUCCGGUGUAGUUGGAACAUCAAAUAACGCCGGCCGAUCAAGCCACGGGUCAGAUCGAAACAGACCUGCUCAGACGUCGACUACAUCAAAGGGCACGCCGGCAGGCGCCACUGCUGCUUCUAGCAGUGGUGGUGGACAUCAGCACGAAAUGGUAAACCACGGCGGAUCAUCUUCUUCCCAAGGUCCUACAGGGUCGAGUUUUGACCUCGCGGCCGCCCCGAGAGGAGUGGCUUCUAGCACGGUUGUACAUACGGGGCCACCGGGCCCGCAAUACCGGCCGCCGCGUAGUUCCGCACCAACGCAAAGCCGACAGCAGGGCCAGAAGAUUCGGCGGGACUUUUUUCAGUCCGGGGGGUCGCAUAGCAGCUCCGGGUUGGGGUCUAGUAGCGGGAAGUCGUAUCUUUCCGCCGGCCAAGGCACCAGCUCUUCCUCCGGGGGGAACUCUUUUGCCGCUUCCAGCCGGCAAGGUCCGGUGCCCUCCCUCGGCGGGAACAACUCCGGGGGCAGUGGUCGGGGAACCAACCGACACUUAACCAGCACUUCUGGCUCGGCAAACAGUUCGUGGCACUCGCAACGAGGUGGAGGUGCUUACCUAUCAAAUGUAAAAAUGUCUGGAUCUGGAAGAUUCUGACACUUGUCAUGCACGUUUUGCAUGAGCCCUGAUGUCUGUGGUGCAUGCCCUAGCAUCACAGAUUUUUUGAGAGCUUCUUGAUGCCUAUUCCGCAUGACAAAUGCCCUCUCCGCGUAGCAAGAAUUACGUUCCCUUUGGUACUCAUGCAAUACAGAUUUUUUUGGAAUCCAAAUGCAGCAUCACAAGUUGCAUUCUUCCAGACCCAGACACUUUUACAUUUGGUAUUACCCCGCCGGACCGCAUUCGCCGCCCUUGUCGCAUGGCUCUAGCCUUGGCGGAUAUCCUGUGCAAAAGUAUCGUAUUCGUAUAAAUGCAAGCCUUGCAUCACAAGUUUUUUUCUUGAGGCAAAUCAGCAUUGCAAAUUUUAUUUCUCAUGCUGAGGAAAUUUGUAAUGCAUUUAUACGAGUACGAUGCUUUUGCAGUUCAUAGCGGAGCAUCCAACUCUAUGUCGAGUAUGCGGGUGAACGUGCAGCCAGUGACACUGGGGAAUCCAUUCCCCGGCGGUCAACAGCAAAAUCCAAAUGCAGCGCUAUUUGCCGCGGCACAGCAACAUCAUCUGCUCCAGCAGCAACUGCAGCUCCAGCAGCAACAAAGCGACCCGUUUUACCACCCCAAUAACUCCGGCGAAUUCGCCCGGUACCAAAGCGGCGGCUCGAGCGCGAGCUCCCGGCCCUCGCCCGGGCACUACCGCGCUGUCGCCCCUCUAUCGCAAGACAGCAACGGCUCUGGGGGUGCGCAAAGCCAAGGGUCGUCGUUGAGAGUGAAUGUGGGCGGGAAUGGUUUCGGGCCCCAAUGCCACCACCAGCAACACCAGCAGCAGAAUAGGCCGAUGUUGGCGGACCGACCGACUUUUGGCGGGGGUUCGGAGGGGGAACAAGUGGUAUUUGGUGUUGACCUGCAAACGCCACAGCCGCCAUUCGUUGCUGGUACAGCAGCACCACAAAUGCUUCGCGGUGACGAGCUGGUAGGGUGGUCUUGGCCGGCGGAAGGAGUGCAGCAGCCGCCUCCGGGGAUAGUUGCUGUGCCCGGAGGGCCGCCAGGCGUUGCAUCUUUACCCGAUUUCCUGGCAGGCCCGAUGCAAGAAACACGACUCGGAGACGAUAAUAUGCAGUAUCAACAACUUCUGCACCGGCGCUCGGAAACGCUCGCAGCACAGGCUGAUCAACCAAUGAUGGUGCAGGAACAACCAACAGGUGAUAUUGAACCAACGCAUGGACGAGUAGAUGCAACAAGAGCAGCACAACAUCGGGCGAGAAGGAGAAGCGUGUCUAGCUCACUCUUCGAGAGCAACACCUCCAUCGAUGACAACUGAAUGAUACGUAGUACACAAACAUUUCAAGACGUUCGGCGCUGCGAUUUGGAUAAUAUCCCAUGGAGAUUGUUACAAUUCACAGCUGUACAACUCCUUUUUCGGCCAACAUCAAAUAGACACGACGGACUAUACGAAAUUCAGCAGCGGGACAGAAUAGUCUUAACAUCUUCAGAGGAGUCCUCUUCACAGGGCCUUCAACAACGGGACAUAAUUCCAUCGCUUUGCCUACUCUUUUCAUUUUUUUUUUUCAACGCGAGAUCAUUUUAGCUCCGAUGAGUAACUGGCUUCCGAUUUCGUCGUAAUGUUACAAGCGCCAUGGUGUAAUCUGCUGGUGCAUUUGUCCUCGAGGUGGUGAUGGAACCAUGCUACUUACCUACUUCUAAAAUUAGAAAGAUUGGUCACGAUUUUUUUGAAAUCUGAUCGAAACUGGAUGUUUCUAUCACCUCUGCACCUUAACUCAUUGAUAAUUAUGUAUGAACACCGACAAAUAUUGCUUCUUCGAUAAUUUCAAUUUUGGCCGGCGCUAGACGGUUCGACUGCUACUGCUAGACGGUUCGACUAUACUAUUAAACUGCACGAUCUGAUACCUAGAAACGUAAUAAACGAGGCGAUAUCUUCAAAUGAAUAGCAGUACAAAAAUUAAGAUAUAAACAUGGAUAUGGGAUAUACUCGAUGUAAAGAAAGUGAAAUAUGCCAGAAAUAUAGUAUCUCUAUGUUUACAACUCGUGGGCCCGAUUCUCUCAUGCCUUAUCAGGCGACAAGGAGCGUGAGAUGAGUUUAGAAUAGAGCAUGUUACGACUUUUUUCAAUUUACAAGAAGGGCCAGGGCCACGAACGCACUGCAUUUUUACCUGCUCUCAAGAGGUCAUGAUCGUUCUAAAUCGUGCAAGUGGUACUUAUAGCACUAUGUUAUAUUGCACGCAGUGUGCAGCCGUUUCACCCACCUAAAAGACGACAGCAUCCGCAUACACAUAGAAUCAAAAUAUUUAGAACUAUUUUUUCCGUGAUAUUAGAGUGAGGUAACAAAUUCCUCCGUUAAGUUUGUUACCGGGUAACUUAGCGUCCGGCCGGCCGCCGGACGCUAAGUUACCCGGUUCCCGGGAUCCGGGAUCCGGAGAACGGAACGGUCCGAUCCGCUGGAACGGGCUGGCGGUUGGGAACCGGGUAACUUAACGGAGGAAUUUGUUACCUCACUCUUAUCUGUUUUUGAGCCGCACCAAUGAUCUACUUUCUGUAAAAUUUCAUUGAUUUGGUGCCUUCGAAAUCGAAUCACGAAACCGCAUAAUGCCACACUGCUUGAGGUGUGCUUGUCAUUGAUAUCGUUACAAGCUUUCCGCAAAAUAAGCAAUAGACUGGGUAUGUUUUGAGAAUUCAGAUGAAAACCAGUUCUCGAUUCUAAGAGGUCUAUUUUUUUCCGCUGUAUUCUGUUGUAAAGAAGAUAGGGAAAAACAAAAACACACGACGAGUUGUUCACCUUCAAAUUCUUUCUGUUGUUUAGGAUUCGGAUUCCUGAAAUUCGCUUCUUGUUGGAAGAAAAAACUACUAUACGCUGGAACAGUUGUCGGCCAAAAUAUCAGCGCUGCUGCAGUCUUAUUCGGUGGCGUAUUAAUAGAGUACUAUCUGCUGGUCGUCCGAUAACAACUAAAGUGAAACGUAAAAAAAUUCGGCUACCAUCAAAU